AUGGAGCAGCCCCAACAGAAUCACGGCUGGAAGGGACCCCACGAGCGCAUGUAUCGCAUUCAACUAGGACGAUCUCGUACCAGUAAUUGUGCUUCGCCUCGGGUAUCGCCGUAUCCACAACGCGAUCGAACCCCGCCGCAACGUCUGCAAGAUGAAGCAUCGCCUGCUACCAACGCUGCAUCACCUUCGGCUCAUCGAACAGCAGCACAGCAUCGACUUCAGCUAGUCAUCCAACCAAUCGUCAAGAAUACGAUUGGCCAACGUGACACAUCGGGUGAGGCCCUCGAUGUGUUUGCUGUGAAUGGUGCCACAUUUAACGAUAUUAUACGUAAGAUCUGGACCAAGUUCAGUUGCCGAGUUAAGGGGCAAGCAGUAAAGCGUGAUGGUACCUGGUCUGUCGAGGAGCCAUUGGAGCAAUCAUGGUCCAAGGUCAUGCAGUUUGAGAACGGUCGUCACCUAGUUGACAGCACGAAGAAUAGCCAGGCCUGGAAUCGCUGGAUUGCUUCAACGCGUGGCGAAACUGUGAAGUUGAUGAUCUACCAGUAUGGGCUAGCUAUUGCGAAAGCACAAGAUCUCGAAAAGUUUCUCACAGCAUGCAUUCGCCCGGUACAGACCGACCGCUCUGGCGCAGCAGUGAAAGCUUGCUUCAGGAGGUUGUUGAAGAGCUGA